AUGAGGCAGAUAUCGUUACCACUGGAACACCUUGCCAAGUGGUCACAACUCAAUGGAGUGCAAUUAUUCGACGUCGCCGUGGACCCUCACAUCAUAGAAAACGGCGUUGAUAAAGGAGGAGGAUUGCUGGCCAAGACGGAUCAUGAAGAGGCCCAGACCUUACUAUCUGUGCCUUUGGAUCUUGUGUUGUCCAAAGACACAGUGUCUGAAGCUGCAAAGGCAGACAAGAAUCUUCGUGAACUGAUCGAAGCAACUGCGUCUUUAGUACAGAAUCCUCGCACUGCCGUGUUGCUGUUCCUGAUUUACCAGAUGACGAUCAACAGUCCAGACAACGAAGAUCACACCAUUGGAGUCAACAAUCCCUUCUCUGGCUAUGUCAAGUUCUUGCCCAAAGAGUACCCGUUGCCUACUUUGUAUACACCAGAGGAAAAGGAGCUACUGGCCGGCACUUCUCUCGCCGAUGCUCUCGAUCAAAAAUUGGCAAGCCUAGAAAGGGAGUUUGACGGCCUAAAGGCAGCUACGGAGCAUAUCCCCUGGUGCCAGCAAUUCUGGUGGGACGACAUCACUGGCUGCUUGGACGUCGGAGAUUGGAAGCUCGCCGAUGCCAUGUACAGGUCUCGGGCGCUGGGCCUUCCGCGAGGAGCUAGUGUGGCCAUGGUGCCUGUUGUUGACAUGGCGAACCAUGCCUCUGUGGGUCAUUACAAUGCAAGAUUCGAGGUCGACGAGGAUGCGGGAUCGGUGAUACUCGUCGUGCAAGAUGGAAAAUCUAUCAAGGCCGGGGAAGAGGUUACCAUCAUGUACGGGGCAGGCGGGGCCUGCGAGAUGAUCUUCUCCUACGGGUUCCUGGAGGAACAAGCGAACAGUGCCCGCGAGAUGUUUCUCAGCUUGUCAAUUCCAGCCGAUGAUCCAUUCAGGCUGGCAAAGAUCCGGUUUGCCCAAGAAACGCCUGGGGUAAGGAUCCAUGUUGAUGAGACGGGUCAGGUAUGCUGGGACAGUACUUUCGCCUGGUGGGCAUGCGUCAACCAGGAAGAUGGGCUCGAUUUCAGGGUGGAGCAGACCAUCGACGGAGACAUGGAUCUCAAGGCCACAUGGAAGGAUGGCGACCUAGCAGCUCAUGAACUGAGAGCCGCUCUGCUUCAAGAUCAACUCCGAGAUGUAUUCGUGCUUCGUGCAACUGUAAUGGUUCAACAACGUGUCGAGGAGCAAGGGAUGCAUCUAGCGGCAAGCGAAGAUGGUUAUGACCAGGCUCUUCCCAACGACCAGGUCAGACCAUCCGUGUACCAGACGAUCGGAAGACUUCGGAAUCUGGAACUUGACCUUUUGACGAGAGCUUUCCAAACACUGGAGCAAGAGAAGCUUCGACUUCUCGAAUCGAGCGUCGUGCGUGCUUACCUGGGGCAGGGGGCCGACGGCUCAGGAUUAUCGACUGGAGAAUACCCAGAAGAUUUCUCUUGA